GGAUACAGUCACGUCAACUGAGGUGAUUUGGUGCAAUCUACAACAGACAUCGGCGAGGCACCUAUUUCGACUUAGCAAGAGAAUUAACAGCUGUCAAAGAACAAUCAUUAUCUCGCAUAGUAUAAUUAGCCAUUGUGAUCUUACUUUAACUUCUCAAUAACCUCAGAUAACCAAACUUCAAUCGCAAUUCUAUCGAGAAACUUUACUUUUCACAAUAUUUUUCUACAGUCACAUAACACAAUGAUUAAACAAUCCAACGGCGUUAAGCUCCCGCGACCAACGCAAAGCUUUGAAGAUGUGCUUCCGCUCCCCCUCUCUAUGCAACAUAGCAAACCCAUCGAAAGUUUUGCAGAUAUUGCAAAGCUCGAUCAGAGAGACACUCCUGUUGUAACCAUGUUCAGUGGCGGUCUCGACAGCACGUAUUUGCUGCUCAGACUCCAGGAGCUCGGCUUUACAAACAUCCACGCGGUGGCAGUAGAUGUUGGAGCUCCUGUAGAUGUGGACGGACUUACCAAACACGCUGCGCAUUUCGGUGCUCAGUUCAAGUGUCUCGAUGGUCGUGAGCUUUUUGUCCGAGAUGGUGUUAUGCCAGCUAUUCGUGCUCAUGCGAUGUAUUUGGGACAGUUCCCCAUUAGCAGUUCGCUCACUCGUCCGAUCAUUGCACGUUUGGUCACCGAUUAUGCGAAGUCUGUGAACGCGGGUUUGCUCCUUCAUACUGCCAAUUUGUCGCAGAAUAGCUUGCCUCGACUCAAUAACUUCAUUCGACGUCUUGGUUAUCCCGGAAAGUUCGGGAGUCCAUAUCCUCAGUCUGUCGUCUCUCGAGAGAGGAAGGCUGAAGAACUUUCUGUAGCUGGACUGACUAUCAUGUCUGAGCGCAAGCUUAGCGGGGAUGAAAAUCUAUGGUGUCGGGAGUUCGAGGAUGGCCCGUUGGGUGACCCAGAGGGUUUCGACAUUCCGGAAAAUGCUUAUGAAUGGACAAGACGCUACAAAGAGCACGCAACCCAAGAACUCACACUUGGUUUCGAAAAUGGAAAUCUCAUUUCUGUUGAUGGGAAAAAACUCCCUCUUAUUAAGGCUAUCGCGCUUCUCAACAAUGAAGUGGGAAAAUAUGGUCACGGUCGAUUUGUAGGGCUUGAACCCCUUAGCACCGAUCACAAGGUUCUCGAGAUCCGCGAAGCUCCCGCUGCUGCCAUUAUCAUGGACGCGCUUCGCCAUCUCGAGAUUGCCACGUUGGAGACCAAAACUCUCGAGUUGAAGCAACAGCUGGAACAGAAAUGGACGCGCGAAGCUAUUGCUGGCCAUUGGGGAAGCGCGUGUCAUACCAUGUGUGAUGUCGCUCUUGCUGCGUCUUUGAAUGGCGUGGGUGGUAGUGUUACUUAUGUUGUUGAUUCUGUGCGUUUCCUACCUUGUGCUAUUAAGGCGCAGAAUCUUUGCUAUGUGAGGGAUCGCGAUCAGUGGGAACAGGCGCAGCAAUUACUCGGGGAUGUGAAAAGUAUCACGUAGGAGUGGGGUUUCAGAGAUGAAAAUGCGGGAUUGUUUGUUUUGGGGGUGCUCUUUGGGUCUUUCUACCUAUGUUUUCUUUCUUUUGUAGCUUCCUUUAGUUCGUCAAUCAGUAGAACCAAUACUUCGAUGUUUUUCA